AUGGCCUCCUGCACCACCAGCUUCUGUGGAUUUCCCAGCUGCUCCUGUGGGACCGGUGGCUCUAGCUGCUGCCAGCCAACCUGCAGCCAGACCGGCUGCUGCCAGACCGGCUGCUGCCAGACCGGCUGCUGCCAGACCAGCUGCGGUGGGACGGGGUGCGGGGCCGGCUGCGGCCUGGGCUGCGGCCAGGCGGGUGGCUGUGGAGCCAUGAGCUGCCGCACCAGGUGGUGCCGCCCUGACUGCCGCCUGGAGGGCACCUGCGUGCCCCCCUGCUGCGUGGUGAGCUGCACGCCCCCCACCUGCUGCCAGCUGCACCACGCCCAGGCCUCCUGCUGCCGCCCCUCCUACUGCGGACAGUCCAGCUGCCGCCCCGCCUGCUGCUGCUACUGCUGUGAGCCCACCUGCUGUGAGCCCACCUGCUAA